CGCACACGUGACUCGUGGGACGCCAUGAUCCAGGCGACGCCGCAAAACGGCGACGUGUGGCUGGUGAUUCCCCGUUUUUUCUGGGAGCAAGUCUGUUCCACAGAAGCUGCCUCACUUGAAGAACUAGCCCAAAAGGUCGGUCGUUUGGAUACCUCGCUGCUCGUGGACGAACACGGGGCCAUGACGGCGGAAGACGAAAGCACGUGCUUGGCGGUGAAACCGGAGCUUUUCCACAGCUUGGCCCAGGUUUUCGGCGUCAACGGUGCUCCUGUGGCUCGAGCGAUGAUUGUGGACGAAAACGGCGUGCUGAUCGAACGCGUACCUCCGCUUUUCGUGCUCCACGUCUUGGCCAAGGAGGCUAGUCCGCGUGCCCGGCCUUCUCAGGUGUUUUCGCUCUCGCUGGCCAGCACUUUUCAGCAGCUCCACGAUACCGUCAGAUCGCAUGUCUACAAGAACCCACGGGCGGUGGCGCCGCUCCGGUUGUGGUUUAUUGAGAACGAGGCGGCCCGCAACAUGGCGUCGCAGAUCUCCGUGGCGGCGUUCAUCGACGCUCCGGCGAGAAAGUCCAUCGUGACUCCGAACUUGUACGGCAGCACGCUAAGAAGCCAGGGCAUUGAGGCGUCGAAGCUCCACUUGGUGGUGGAGCCGGCCGAACGGAAGACGUUCCUUGUUGACUCGUACUUGGCCAGCCACUCUGUGCUUGACUACGACGUCGUCACCUCUCUGGGAGGCCAUUGCGGUCUCUCCAACUUGGGCAACACCUGCUACAUGAACUCGGCGCUCCAGUGCCUCACCCACAUCCCGGAACUCAACUACUAUUUUUUCUUUGACUUGUACCAGCGCGAGUUGAACACCAACAACCCGUUGGGCUACAAGGGCGAUGUGGCUGUGGCCUUUUCCAGUCUAUUGCAUAAGCUCUACGGCUCUGGCAGUCCGUCGGCUGUGACUCCGCGUGAGUUCAAGUACACUGUGGGACGGCACUCGUCUAUUUUCCAUGGUUUCCAGCAACAGGACUCUCAGGAGUUUGUUUCCUGGCUUUUGGAUGCCCUUCAUGAAGAUUUAAACAGAAUUCACCAAAAGCCAUACUGCGAGAAGCCCGAGCUCAAGGACGAGGACGUCAACAACCCAGAGGCCAUUAGAGAGUUGGCCGUUACCUGCUGGGAUCAGUACAAAAAGAGAAACGAUUCCGUCAUUGUCGAUUUGUUCACAGGCAUGUACCAGUCCACGUUGGUCUGCCCCACAUGCAACAAGGAAUCCAUGACUUUCGACCCUUUCAACGACUUGACGCUUCCUUUGCCCGUCAACAAAAAAUGGUACCACGAGCUCAUCAUCGUCGACCUCUCGGGAGACCAUGCUGCCUCCGGAAGACAGCCACUCUCGAGGUUGGAAGUUGAACUCAACAAGUCCUCCAACUUUGACGAUUUGAUCAACUACAUCAGCAGCUUUUUGCAUGUACCGGCCGAGCAUCUCUUUUUGUUCGAGCUCUUCUCGAACUUCUUUUAUAGAGACUUCCAGGAGAACAGUGCCGCUUCAAAGUUUUACCCCAUCAACGAGCUCAUCAACGAAAAGGAUAUCGUUGUGGCCUACAUCAUCCCACAUAAUCCCGAAACCGAUGUGAUUGUGCCUGUGCUCAAUACUGUUCGUGAGGAAGAUUCCUCGUACGACAUAGCAGACCCAUUUGGCAUUCCUCUCUUUGUUACCUUGAACAAGGAAACUGAUGUCUUUAGUUUUGGAACUGUCAGAGAGAAGCUUGAGCAGACUGUGAAGCUCCUCACGAACGCUGAUAUGGAAGCAAGUUAUAAAGAGAUCAAGGGUGACUGCAAUGGCUCUCGCUUCAAAGCUGACAGCUUUCCAUUAAUUCAAAGAGAGCAAAGGGCAUCUGCUGAUCUCAACAUGGCUGACGCGGAUGCGGAAGUGCAACCAACAGAUGAAGAUUACGACUCUGAUAUCUCGUUGGCCCAUCCACAAAUUGGUGCCGAUUUCGGCUUCACAAUCAAAUACUACGAGGAAGAUGGCACCCGCCAUGUCAACACGCGUGGUCCAAGAAGGUACCAGCCAGGUAUGAGAAUGCGCUAUCAGCUGCAGCUUCUGGAGGAAAGUGACCCCAAUAGACGUCCGCUUCACAUUCCUCAAGGCAGACCUUCCUUCUUCAAGUUACCAUUGUUGGCAGAAAAGCUUCCUGAGCUCAAGCGCAAGUACUAUCAUUACCCUGAGUAUGCUGCAGAAAUGCAAAGGAUUGAAACCACCAAAAAUGAGACUUCUGAGGAAUCGAAUUUCGCUGAGCCGGAGCCCAUCUCGAUUUUGCACAACAGGCAAGAAUCUGUGGAGGCAACGGGAGGAAGUGACGCCAAUGAUAGAGCUCAGCUGGACGAGGAUGAAGAUAGCGAUACAAACUACGAAGACAUCGAACCUUUAGGCCAGGAUUCGCUCAGACCACCGAUCCUUCCCCCAUUGCCAUCAAGCGAAUCUGACCACGAGGCAAACAGCGUGGACUGCAGCCCUCAUCAUGAGGAUAGAGCCGAGGAGGCUGUCAAGCAAGAAAAGGUUAAACCUCUUUUAGUCAACAGCAAAACCACUCUCGUCUGCGAGUGGGACUCAGAAGUGUUUGACCGUUUCUUCAAAGACCGUGACCACCAGGCCUGGGAGGAAUUGUCAUAUAUCCCUAAUCCUGUUUUGGAAGACAACAAACGGAAAUUGGCGAUGCAGCAAAAAUCGACUGUCUCCCUCUACGACUGUCUCAGGAACUUCAGCACCCCAGAAGUCUUGGGUGAACAGGACUUGUGGUACUGCCCUCGCUGUAAAGACCACAAGCGUGCCACGAAAACCAUUCAGAUCUGGUCUACCGGAGAUAUCUUGACUAUCCACUUGAAGAGAUUUUCUUCUGCCAGAGCCUUCAGCGACAAAAUCAACAUGGUUGUCGACUUCCCCAUUGAAGGUUUGGAGAUGAACAAGUUUGUCCAGAACGGAACGGGUGAACCUCUCAUAUACGACUUGGUCGCUGUCGAUAAUCACUACGGUGGUUUGGGAGGUGGUCAUUACACGGCCUACGCCAAAAACUUCAGAGAUCAAAAGUGGUACUACUUCAACGACAGUGGAGUCAAUGAGGUGAAGGAUCCCCGUGAAUGCAUCAAGGGAGCUGCCUAUCUUUUAUUCUAUAAAAAACGCAAGCUGUCCGCAUUUGCCGGCGGUCAGUCCGUGGAGCAGCUUUUGAAUGAAGGUCGCCAUUCUUUCGAGGCUAAAUUGCAAAACUUGAAGGAGCAGCUGGUAGCUAUCGGACAGCAAGUCGAACUCUUUAAUCAAGCCCGAGACGAGAUAAUGCAGCGUGCCGAAGCUGAAAGGCAAGCAGCUGCUGAACAGCAGCAAGAAGCGAAUGAUGAAGCGAUCACUUCCAGCUCCGAUGAGGAUGACCUCUACGCUGACGCCAGCACCAAAGGUCCAAGAAAAGUGAGGCCAACUUUGGUGCUGCCUGGCAACACUGAUUUUGAAAAUCUGCGCAAGCAGCGCUUGCUCUCAAAAGGAGCCGACCUGCCUCGGUCUGUCAACAUCAACCAUGACUAUUCGUCAUCCGUUUCCAACCUUGCCAGCCCCAUUGGGUCGAGCGGCGAGGUCGAGCUGCCCUCCAAGGAGGAUAACACAUAG